UAUGGAUGCAGAUGAUGGUUUAGACUUGUUGGCUUCCUUAUUAGAGGAGAGUGAGGCAGCUGCAAAGGAAGAUCCUGAAGAAAACGCCCUUGGUGAGGCUGAAGAGGGAGUCCCCGACGAGUACGAUGAACUCUUUGAUGCUGAAGAUGAUGCUUCAUACACUGAGGAGCUGGAUGCUAGCACGGAAGAAUCUGGUGACGGCAAGGAAAACUUGGCAGGAUUGUUUGGAGAUGUGGGCGACCUCUCAGAAGAUGAGGAGAAUGAAACUAUACAGGAAAUGCCUCAGUCUCGACUAAAGGAGAAGACCAAUGAAGAUUUGCAAGAUGAGCUGAGACAAUUGCAAGAGCAGAUGAAGAAAUUACAGGAACAGUUACAAAUAACAGCAAUUGGUCAGCCAGCAAACUCUCCCCCUGGCAAGAAAAUGGCUGGUAAAUUGCCCGUUGCCCCCUUAAGGGAGAAGAAGCCUCCUAGGCUUCCAUGUUUCUCAGCCCAGCUCAACAGUCCUGUUCUGCUGCCCUCCCAGGGCCAGAAGAUGAAAACUUUGCUGUCAGAGAAGCAAAACCAUCCUCCACGGCCAACAUCAAGUUCUUUGCCCCAGCCUCUGAAGUCUGUUGCCAAGAGGAAGUCUGAUGUGGGCGCCAGUCAGAGGUCUCAAGCACUGCAGCGUUCCAGUGUAACUAAUCCAGAAGUCUCUGUGGAAACCUUUUCCGGACUAAGGUUAAGAAAACCCCGCGUGUCUUCGGCAGAGAUGGAGAGAAAAAUGGCAGGCCGGAAGUUUAUUCGACUCUCUCAAUUACAAGACAAGCUUUCGUCAGGGAAUCUUGAGGACAUGGACUGGGUGACUUUUGGUGUUAUCAUAAAGAAAGUCACUCCUCAGAGCUCCAGUAAUGGUAAAACUUUCAGCAUCUGGAGCUUGAAUGACCUACGUGAGUUUGGCAGAUGUGUCUCCUUGUUUCUCUUUGGUGAAGUUCACAAAGAACACUGGAAAACAGGCCAAGGCAUGGUCAUUGGGCUGCUCAAUGCUAAUCCCAUGAAGUCAAGGGAAGGGUCGGAUGAGGUGUGUGUGUCUGUCGAUCAUCCCCAGAAGAUCUUACUUUUGGGUGAGGCCAUGGACUUGGGAACCUGCAAAGCAAAGAAGAAAAAUGGGGAGCCUUGCACGCAGAUGGUUAACCUGAACAGCUGUGAGUAUUGCCAGUAUCAUGUCCAAUCCCAGUACCGGCGGCUCAGUUCAAAGCGGGCAGAUCUGCAGUCAAAUUUUUCGGUCACUAGGGCUCCAAAAAGGAACGCAAGGAAGGCCCUCGGCUUGAAGGAGAGACUUUGCCAAGAUGGAUUUUAUUACGGAGGGGUUUCCUCAGCAGCCUAUGCGGCCUCAGCUGCAGCAUCUGCCGCUCCCAAGAAGAAGAUCCAGACCACUCUAUCCAGUUUGGUUGUGAAAGGAGUUGACAUGAUUCUGCAGGAAACAAAGCAAAAACUGGGUUUGCCAAACCGGACUUUACCGUGUUCAGAGGAAUUCAAGGAACUGUUGGCCGCGCCCUCCUUCGGUGCACGAAACCUAAACCGGCACUUAGCCAAAGCCAGCACACCAGGAUUGACCGGGAAGCCAGGCCCAGCUUUCCAAUCCAUCUCUGCCUCCACCCUGCUGAAGCAACAGAAGCAGCAAAUGCUGGAAGCCAGGAAAAGGAAGUCCGAAGAGCUGCAGAGGAGGUUUCUGCAAACAACAAGUCGUGCAAGUGCCCCAGCCCUGCCCUCUUCCUCAAGGCCGCCUGUGCUGCUGUCUCCUACUCCGGGGGCUGAAUUCCCAAAAGCCGCAAAACUGUCCAGCCCCCAAGCGCCUAGACUUGGCACGGGCUUCUCUGAAGAAGAGGAUAUUCUCUUCUUUGACAAAGUGGUCCCUCCAGCGUUGACACCAAAUGGCUUGGCAGAAGCUAAAAAGAUAGCAGCUAUAAAUAAACUGCGUGCAAAGGGCCGGAUCCUUUCCAAAAUUGACCCAAACAGCAUAAAACGGAAACGAUCCAGUCUUGACAUUCCAGAAAUUGCUGAGAGAAUACAGAAAAAUGUUCCUGCGUUAGAAGAUGAUGAUAUUGAUGGGGUAGAACCUCUUCAAAAGAAACGUUGUGAGCAGCUUGCGUAUUUGGAGUCUGAAGAAUUUCAAGAGAUCUUGCACGCUAGAUCCAAACACACAGGUGUCCUUAAGGAGUUCGAAGCGGAGGUGCAGGAACGCUAUUUCGAGCCCCUGGUGAAAAAGGAGCAAAUGGAAGAGAAGAUGCGGAGCAUCAGAGAACUGAAAUGCCGUGUUGCGACCUGUAAGACGUGCAAGUAUACCUAUUUCAAACUCCUGGAUUCCUGUGUGGAGCAAAAUCAUGACUAUCAUUGGCACGAUGGCGUAAAGCGUUUUUUUAAGUGUCCGUGUGGGAACCGAGCCAUCUCUCUUGACAGGCUACCCAAAAAACAUUGCAGUAAUUGUGGCCUCUUUAAAUGGGAACAUGACGGAAUGCUCAAGGAGAAGAAAGGUCCCAAAAUUGGUGGAGAAACUCUUCUACCGAGAGGAGAAGAACACCACAAAUUUCUCAACAGCAUGAAGUAACUGUGAAGACCCCCUGAAAUUCUGAAGACAAAUUGGUUUAUG